AUGUCGAGCUCCCAGUGGAGGUCGACCGUUCUCUACCCCAACAUCCUCAACUCCCGAUCCAACUCCUACGAGGUCGAGGAGUCCGAUGCGAAAGGACCGGCUACCCUCAACGAGCAGCACAGCCGCCGGUCCGCCUCGUCCACGCCGCCGUCAUCCUACGACUCGGGGCCCGACAUCCCGUUCCACGCUGCCACUACAUCUACUCCCACUGUCACUGUCACCCGUCAUAGCCAUAGCCCCGUAACGGCAGCGGCUUACAGCAACAACAACAACAAACCCACCGCGGACCCCCCCAACAACGACAACACCGACACCGACACCGACAUCCCCAACCCAUUCUCCAUCAGCUCCAAGCCCAUCAAGGGCCCCCCGAUCCCGUUCCCCCGGUACCUGCAAGCCGAGAUCGCCAAAUGGCACGAAGCCACCCGGGGCCAGCGGCGGAAGAAGCGCCCGCCGUUCUCCUACCGGGGCGAAGGGGUGGUCCGGGAGUACAAGGUCUUCGACCGCACCGGCCAGGAGCUGCAGCUCUGCCAGUAUCCCCUGAAGAGUCCGCGGACCAACGUGCUGGUGGCGUAUGAGGCGACGGCGACGGCGGGGGCAGGUCCCCCGCGGACGGGUUCAGGUUCCGAGGCAUCUUCCGCGUCCGCAUCCGCAUCCGCACCACCAGGAGGGAAGAUCGUGGUCUGCAGCCUGCCCCACUCGAGCCCGUUCGGUACGUUUCUGAGACAAUGGACGCCCGCCGACCAAGAUGUCCCGCCGCCGUCGUGCGCGGUGCGCGUCUGGCGGAUGAAGCCUGGGCAGGAGAUUGUCUACGACCCGGCCGCGUGGGAGUUCAUCGAUGGCCGGAGGGAGAGGGAGCGGCAGCAACAUGGAGAAGGAGGAGGAGUGGCCACAGCUGAUGUUCGCCCACGGCCGCAAGAGAGGAGAGCUAGUGAAAGGGGCGUGCCUGCCAGGUCGGCGAGAUCGAAGUCUGCGCAGCAGCAGCAGCAGAAAGUGGUCGCGAACGCAACUCGUGUGGCCAGUAUGUCCUCAGACAGAGAUACCUCCCCUCUGUCCGAGCUGGUCGACGACACGGAAGAGGAGUCAUCCUCGGUGAGUGAGCCAAUCCAGCAGACCAGAAGAAUCCCAAAAAGACAGCAACAGCCAGCCCCAACGUCGCCAUCGUCGUCGUCGCCGCCGGUCCCGAAACGGCGCAAGACGAAUCAUGCGGACCCGCUGUCCUUGCGCAAGGUGACCGGCGGCCUGGUGUUCGUGCUGUGCUCGGAGGACAAGCCCAAACGGUUCGUCUUUGUGGCCACAUGCAACACGGUGGAUGAUCUCUUCGCGCAGGCCCUCGACUUCUUUCGCCUACACUACAAGCUCACGGAGCUCAAGUAUCUGUGUUGCGAGACGGAGGCGCACGGCGAGGUGUGGCUUCCGCGGGGUGGUCAUGAUGAAUUUGAUUAUAUGAUCUGGGUGGCCUUGGACAGCUUGAAAGGGAAGGACAAUGUUCCAGCUGUGGAGAUCAAGGUCAGACCGGUUAUUAUACCUUGAUUCCGGG